AAGCGUACGUGUUUCUCGCAGUUUGUACAAUUCUUUCGUUUAAAAUGUUACCGUCGAUUGUAUAUCUAUACGUUCUAUUAUUUUUUGUGACAAGGAUAUCAUAUGGCCAAUCCUCGUGUUCUUGUAAUCAAACAGAUUUAGAUUUCGCGACUGGUGUCAACCUAAUUUAUUAUAAAUGUAAUAGUGAAAUUCCUGCAACAAUCGCCUAUCCUAUCACAGUGCCACAGACGUUACUCAAUGUGCUGGAUACUAACAAACGGGUAAUCUUUUACAUUUAUGGAUAUUUACAAUAUCCGGAGGAUUCAAAUGUUCAGUUAAUGAUGGAAGCACUUUGUUAUGAAAGAACGGACAAUAUUGUACUACUUGAUUGGAGUAAAUACUCUAAUGGCUCUUAUGCAUCCGUUUUUAGAGAUGCUGAAAAAGUAGGCAGUUUAUUUGCACGAAGUUUGCAACUACUUGUGGAAAGUGGCUUAGACGUAUCGAAAAUUUAUAUUAUCGGGCAUUCGUUAGGUGCUCACAUAGCUGGCUAUGCUGGUAAAUGCAAUGCCUUCAAGAUACCUCGCAUUACAGGAUUGGAUCCUGCAAAUCCUCUUUUUUAUCUUCCUGGAUGUUAUCUUACAUCCAAGGACGCGGAGUGGCUCGAUGUCAUCCACACAGACAAGGGUGGAUAUGGCACUCCGACAUCUAUGGGUACAGCGGACUAUUACGUGAACGGUGGAACUCGUCCUCAACCUGGUUGCCAAUUUCUGGGCGUACCAUUAAGCAAUGACGAUCUCUGUAGUCAUCAAAAAUCUGUCGUGCUAUAUGCAAACUUGAAAAUAAAGCCUACCAAAUUUGUUGCAAAGAAAUGUUCUUCCUACCUCCAUUAUAUAUUCAAUUACUGCAGUAAGCCUUUAUCGAUCAAUGUUGGAUAUACAGCAAAAAAUAUACGCGGAUCGUAUUAUUUUCGUACAAACCCUAUAUAG